AUGAGAAUUUGCUCGUGGAAUAUCAAUGGCCUUCGCUCAUUGCGACAACCAUUACAAGCAGUACUUGAACAACUCAAUUGUGACAUCAUAUGCUUUCAAGAAACGAAAGUGACACGUCAAGCACUUGCUGAGGCCUAUGCUCGAAUCGAUGGUUAUCAUACAUUUUACAGCUGGUCACGACUUCGAUCGGGUUAUUCGGGUGUUGCAAUAUUUUGUAAAACAUCAUUGACACCGAUUCAUGCAGAAGAAGGUCUUGCUGGAAAAUUACACACGAAUCUUGAGGAUGGUUUAGGUGGAGAAUACUCAACAAUGGACGAAAAUGAUCUGUUAGCUAUUGAUCGCGAGGGUCGUGCAAUCAUGACGGAGCAUGAACUUGAAGAUGGAACAAGUCUGGUCAUCAUCAAUGUUUAUUGUCCUCGGGUUGACCCUGAUAAGCCUGAACGAUUAACUUAUAAACUUAAUUUCUAUGCUGCACUCGAGCAACGUGCUCGAUACUUUCUAGAACGUGGAUGUCGGGUGAUUAUUGUUGGCGAUUUCAAUGUCUCCCACAAACCAAUCGAUACCUGCGAUCCUGGAGAAGAUCUCGAUUAUUUCAAUUCCAGCCCUUCACGUCUUUGGUUUUCGAAAUUGAUUUCUGAUAAUAUUUUCAUCGAUACAUUCCGUUAUUUGCAUCCAGAUCAACGGGAAGCGUAUACCUGUUGGGAAACAUUAUCAAGCGCUCGUGUGAAUAAUUAUGGUGUGCGUAUAGAUUAUAUUAUCUGCGACGGAAUGGUAUCCAAAUCACAUUUAGUCGAUUGUCAGCAUCGAAUAGAGGUUGAAUCGAGUGAUCAUUGUCCAAUCGUUGCAGAAUUCAAUUUCGUUCUCAAGGAUCGUACAUUGUCGAAACCACCUUCGAUCUGUACAAAGUUUUGGUCAGAAUUUAAGGGUACACAAAUGAAACUGAGUCAAUUUAUGAUGAAAACGAAACGAACGCGAGAAGACGAGAUUGAGACAGAUACUGAGAAGAAAGAACAAAUAGAAGAAAUAAUUAUGAUAACUAACGAAAAAGUUAUACAGAAUGGUAAAUCUAAUGAAAAGACAAGUAUUACACAAUCGAAAACACUGGUAAAACCAGCAUUGAAAAAGAUUAAAUCAGGACAAUCAUCACUCUUCCAACAUUUUAUACGAAGUUCUCAAACAAGUCCUUCCUCUACUGCUGAGUCAAAGCCCAAAGAACCUGAAGUCGUAGAUAUAACUCCGUCCUCUGUAGUGGACGAGAAACCGAAGAAGACAACAACAUGGAAUCAUAUUUUCCGUCCCCCAACUCCACCACCGUUGUGUAAUGGUCACAAAGAACAUUGCGUGAUACGUCAAGUGAAAGAUACAUCUUCAGUCAAUUGGGGACGAUAUUUUUAUGUAUGUUCGCGUGCCAAUGGUGCUUCUAACAACCCUCAAGCACGUUGUGAUCAUUUCCAAUGGAAAGAGAUCAAGAAAAAGGGUCAAUCAGAAUGA